AUGUCGUACGACUACCUGGCCAAGGUCGGGCGCGACUUGCCGCCCCUGGUGGAGGUGUGCCGCGGUCUCGAAGUGAAGGUGCAGCAGAAGCUCAACCGGCAGGACUACGACGCCGCGCUCAGGCGCGAGUGGGACGACGCCCUGAAGAAGGCCGAGACCAAGCUCCGCCAGUUCGUCACCCUCAAGGACCGGCUCGACAAGCAGAACGGCGACGACGCCGCGGGCAUGCUGACCGGCGCCAAGGUGCCCAAGCUCAACGUGCCCGAGCUCGAGGCCGAGCUCGCCAGCCUCAAGGAGCGCGUCGGGCGGCAGCUCACGUCCCUCGAGCGCCUCGGCUCGCUCGAGAGCGCCAUCGACAAGGAGCAGGAGCGCGUGCGCGUCGACGAGCUCAAGGAAAAGCAGAAGGAAAAGGAGAAGGAGAAGGAAAAGCACGAACAGGCCGAAAAGGAGAAGCAGAAGGAAGAAGCACUGGCGGCAGCGGCGAAGGCCGAGGCCGAGGCCGAGGCCGAGAAGAAGGCGGCGGAGCAGGCCGAGCAGGCGCGUAAGCAGCAGCAGCAGCAGCGGGAGGAGGAAGAAGAGCGACAGAAGAAGAUCAAGGCCGACGAAGAGGAGAGAAAGAAGGAGGAAGAACAGGAGACCAAGGAGAAGGAGGGCAAGAAGGCCGCCGGAGGAGGAGGCCACGGCGACAAUCUGCUCAACCUGAUCGAUUCGAUCAACGACGAGGUCCUGUCGGAGAUCCUGGCCGACGACAAGCAGGCCGGCGCCGCCAAGCCCGGACGCGGCCGCCCGCCGCAGCAGCAGAAGGAGAGGCGGCCGCGAGGCGAGCGCCACUCGCCGCGGGGCGAGGCCUCUUCGGUGGCCGCCCUCGCCGAGUCGUCGGUCGUCUCGCCGCGCCGGCAACCGCAGCCGCAACCCGAGCCCCAGGAGCACGUGGAGCCGCAGCUGCCCGUCAUCGACGACGAGAUGGAGGAGCUGCGUAUGCGCCUCAAGCGCCUCGAGGAGGGCGAGGAGAUGACCAGCGACAAGGAGAGCGAGCUCGAGCGCGUCGAAAAGAGCCUACAGGACGACUUUGAGCGCGGCCUGGCGAGGAGAAGCGGCGGCUCGUCGUCAUCUUCGUCGUCAGAAAAGGGCGCGUCGCCGACGCUGGGCACGACCCAGAGCGGGGCAGCCGAGGAGGAGGCGACGGAGGAGGACUCGUCCUACAUCCUGCACAACGACAACGAGCACAACAACGACGGCGAACACGACCACACGCCGCGCCGCAAGAUCCCGCUGGAUCCCAUCACUCCGCGCACAAAGAGAGAAUUCGAGCGGCAGGACAAGGACGAAGAGGAGGAGGCCGACGAGAUCCCCGAGGAGAAGGCCGGCGAGCGUGAGAUCAAGUACCUCACGCUCAAGAAGAAGCCCAUCCCCAACAAAAACAAGAAGAAGGCCCAGGAAGAGGAGGAGCAGAAGAUCACCUUCCACGAGGGCGAGCCCCCCGGCUACCACCGCGGCGGGUAUUUGAAGCGCCUGGAGCGGAAGGCCAUCGUGAAGCACAAGUGGCAGACCCGUUGGAUGAGGCUCGAUUCCCAGUACCUGUCGGUCUACGGCUCGGCGGCGGAGGCGUCGAAGGACAAGUCGGGCAAGCUCGCCCUCCAGCAGUACCGCCUCUACGACCUCGAGGAAGUCGCCCUCGCACGAAACAUUCACGGAAUGGAAAUCGCCUUCAAGCUGAGGUUCAACGACAGGCAGGUGCUGCUCUCGGCGUCGACCAAGAACUUGAUGGCCAAGUGGAUGCUCGUGCGUCUCAUCCCUCCUCCCCUUCCCCUGUUCUCUUUCCCUCGUUCUGGCUACACCCGCGGAGGUUGGGAAGUUAUGACCGUGAGCUGA